CGACACGGGGAAUCGAACCCCGGGCUAUCGCGUUCAAGAUGAGAGGCGAUAAUGUUAGCCACUACACCAUAUCGGAUACCAACUAUAUUUGGAAUCAGCUCCCAAUUCCAUUUACGUACCUUUUGGCGCUUAUGUACACAAUUGUUCCCUAAGCCUUUUUUUUCACGAAUCACAGCGCUCGUAGAGCAAGCGUCAAGGUAUGUAUAACUGAUUGUACUGCUCUAAUCCGUUCGGAACCAUCUUCGACCAAGGCCUGCUUUUCCGGGCAACUAAUGCGCAAACCAAGGGGUUUACUUACUCGGCUUCGUCAUCGGGCGGAGCUUGAUCCAUAGUAAUACGGGCGAAGCGGAAAGGCGUUGUCAGUUCUUACUUCUUUAUUCUCCACCAUCAUCAUCAAGUCGAACAACAAAUUUCAAACAACGAUUCAACCAUGGCCCCUUCUGUAACAACUUCUCCAUCUAAUGGACAUGUAUCGGUGAAUGUUGCAGGCUUGAAGGCCACGAACGGCAAGAAUGGCAACACCAAGUCGGGCGCGCGGCAUGCGAGUUCUGCCGAAGUCAUCCAAAUGGAACACCAGUUUGGUGCUCAUAAUUACCAUCCCCUGCCAGUCGUAUUUGAGCGUGCUCAAGGAGCCAAGGUAUGGGACCCGGAAGGCAGAGAAUACAUUGAUAUGCUAUCUGCGUAUUCAGCUGUGAAUCAGGGCCAUUGUCACCCACGGAUCGCAGCGACUCUCAUAGAGCAAUGCCAGAAGCUCACAUUGUCUUCCAGAGCGUUUUAUAACAGCGUGUUUGGCCAAUUCGCUCAACAGAUCACCGAAAUGUUUGGGUACGACAUGGUUCUGCCUAUGAACACGGGUGCAGAAGCCGUUGAAACGUCACUGAAGCUUGCAAGAAAAUGGGCGUAUGCAAAGAAAGGUGUUCCAGAGGGCAAAGCGAUGGUUCUAUGCGUAGAGAACAACUUUCAUGGACGAACUCUUGGUAUCAUCAGUAUGAGCACGGAUCCGGAAAGCCGGACAGGAUUUGGGCCUUACCUUGAAGGUGUUGGACCCACCUUUGUUGACGGAAGUCAGGAACGCACUAUCCGAUAUGGCAUCGUAGAGGAUCUAGAGCGGGCGCUCGAACUUCAUGGAAAGUAUGUAGCUGCGUUCCUCAUCGAACCGAUUCAGGGCGAGGCAGGGAUCGUCGUACCGGAACUCGGCUAUCUUGCUCAAGUACAUGCUGUUUGCAAGAAACACAAUGUUCUUCUUAUAUGUGAUGAGAUUCAAACGGGUUUGUGUCGUACCGGAAAAAUGCUCGAUUGCGAAUAUGACAACGUUAGACCUGACGUUGUACUUCUUGGAAAGGCUUUGUCAGGUGGAAUGUAUCCCGUUUCAGCAGUCCUUGCAGACCGGGACAUCAUGCUCUGCAUUAAGCCUGGCGAGCACGGGAGUACUUAUGGGGGGAACCCACUUGGAUGCGCAGUCGCAAUGACCGCACUUCAAGUUCUCCAAGAUGAAAAGCUAGCUGAACGAGCAAUGGCUUUGGGUAGACUCUUUCGAUCUUCAGUCUCUGCCCUAAAUUCUCCUCUAGUACAAAUUGUUCGAGGGAGAGGUUUACUUAACGCUGUAGUCAUUGAUGAAAGCAAGAGUACGAAAGGAAGGACGGCAUGGCAGCUCUGUUUAUUGCUGAAGAGUCGCGGGGUGUUGGCCAAGCCUACGCAUGUUAAUAUAAUUCGGUUUGCUCCACCGCUGGUAAUCUCGGAAGAGGAUUUAUUGAAAAGUGUCAAAGUCCUUGGAGAAUGUUUGAACGACCUUGAUAAAUUGGAUGUCAUUCCAGGUGAAGAUGAUCUUUAAGCACAAGCAAUCGAACUUUCGUUUCGUAGUCAUUUGUGCCCAUGACAGGAUAGAGUGUUACAUACCUGUACUCAAUGUAAACCAUUCACGUACAAUUUCUGAUUUAGCUGUUCAAUGCAAUACGAUCGUCCUUUAUGAUUGUAGAUUA